AUGAGCUUUCGGUCGAUUUUUCAGCAUAUUUCUGCAGGUUUCGGAGUCCUUUGCAAUUUUAUUUUAAUUAUUCUGAUUAUCAAAAAGUCACCAAAAACUCUAGGAAGUUACAAGAUUUUAAUGAUUUACAUUGCAAUUUUUGACAUUUUCUAUGCAGUUAUUGACGCACUGAUAGUUCCUAAAAUGUUCAGCUAUAAUUCGGGAGCUUUUAUAAUUGUUUCUACAAAUGAAGCGCUUCUACCAAAAAGUUGGCUUCUUAUAGCAAACUUACUUUAUUGCACAUUCUUUGGAACAUCGAUGGCUGUGUUUGCUGUUCAUUUUGUUUACCGGUAUUUGACAGUUAUUGGAAGUUACUAUAUCAAAAAUUAUGACCGACAAAUUAUCAUAACCCUUAUGACAUUUCCUGUUAUCUUCGGGUUGGUGUGGUUUUGGAUGACUCACUUCACCCUCACAGCAUCUGACGAAACGGAGCAAUUUUUCAACAAGUAUUAUUACGGUGUUCACAAUAGUGCGUCAGAUAUUUUCUACGUGGGAUAUUAUUUCUACCCAGAAGAUGCAUAUGGAAACAAGGCAUUACACUCACGAUCUUUUAGAGGAUUUUUAUUCCAAUCAACUUUUAUAACUUCCUCAUUUGGAUUAAUACUCUACUUUGGAACAAAAUGUCAUCUUCACACAAAAUCAUUAUCCUCCAAAACUGUCACUUCUUCUUCACGUUUCUCUCUUCAAUCACAAUUAUUCUAUGCACUGGUGUUUCAAACUAUCAUUCCUGUAUUUCUUAUGCAUAUUCCGUCAACUAUCAGCAUGUGUGCCGCAUUCACAAACAUAUCAAUUGAGUUCAUCAGUCAAAUCCUUUCCUGCACAAUAUCUUUGUACCCGGCACUUGAUCCUCUUCCCAACUUUUUCAUAAUCAAAAGCUAUCGAAAUGCUAUCACACAAUAUUUAACAGAUUUUUUGAGACUGUUAACAUGUGGGAAGAAACAUCUUAACGUGAUUCAUGUGCAAAGUAGAAACACGUCAAAAAUAUGA